AUGGCUGGCGAAGAUCCCGUUGACAUCUACCCGGAAAUCCGCAAGGGCUGCGAGUCCAAGUGCGCGCCGGUCGUCAAGGAGUACAACGCGUGCCUGGACCGCGUCGCCGGCAAGGGCGGCUGCGACGGCCAGUACUUUGACCUGUUGAAGUGCGUCGACAAGUGCGCUGCGCCGCAGAUCUUCAAGCACUUGAAAUAG